GAGGAUCACCCCCCCCCCCGAACGGGAAAAAGGGGGUUGGAAGAGGAACUUCCCUAGGUCACCUACGCCCAGAGGGCUGGUGGAAUUUGGUUCUGUGGCCUCUCAAUCGCGCUUAAUCGUGUCGAAUCGUUCUCACGGAGACCUCCCCAAAGUUGCCUCCGAACAGGCAGUGGCUGCCACUCGUGUGGCACCUCCCGCUCGCCUCCGUCGUCGACAUGUUCGUGCUCGCGGCGUUCUCGCCGGGCGUCACGCUCUAUAUCUGGGACCAGAAGACGGUGGCUCUGUGGGAAGGACAUGAGUUUCGCUCCCGACGCACACCUUCUUUGCGAUGUACAACCGGGCUGGCGGACAUGCUGGGGGGCCUCUGCGGGCGCGUGCUCAGCUACCGGCUCCAGGCGCGCCAUCCACUCGUCUAUGCGACCCUCAGCGUGGCGGGGGCGAUCACGCUGCUAACGAAGGUGCCGCUGCUGGCGCCCUUGGGCGUCUUCACCGUGCUGAUGGGAGACGGGCUCAUAUACGGGUCCAUUGCCAGGCGCAUUGAUGAGAUAGUUCCGAAGCAGUUCAAUUUGAUCGCCAUCUCGUUUUGGCUUUUCAUUGGCGACUUCGGCAGCGUCGCAGGCUCGAACUUGAUCUGCUACAUCAGACUAUGGGUCGUUGGCAGCUGAGCGGUGCAUCACCGAGAACAUCUCCAGCCCAAUAAGUUGAAGAUUAUACAGCAUCUCGGUCCUGCUGCUGGUGUUCGUCCCUCCGAGUCCGACUCCGGCAGGUGUUGCAUGUGCAAGGAAUCGUUUCGGGUGCGAUCAUCACGCUGGGAGAAGGUAGCGCGGAUGCAAAGGGGCCGGCCUCGUUGCGGAGGCCUGGAGAGCAUCUGCGCUACAGUUUGCAUGUGCGGUCGCGCGCUCGCCCGCCUGGAAAACGGCGCCCGCGGGAGUGCCGCAGGGCAAGCGCAGGCUGAGGAG